AUGGAGGUUUCGCCCUUUGACGGAGAGCUUGUCGUUCAUUACUUGAAAAACAAGAUAGCCAAUCAACCCUUGCCUCCAAACAAGAUCAUGGAGGUUAAACUUUAUGAGUACAAUCCCGAGAAGCUUGCAGAGGAGUAUUGGCAAUGUGGGGAGACAGAAUGGUACUUUUUUACACCAAGGGACAAGAGAUAUCCAAAUGGAAGUAGACCAAAACGAGAUGCCGGUGGUGGAUACUGGAAGGCAACUGGAGGGGAUAAAGCUGUUAAAUAUAAGGGUGCUGUGGUUGGAUAUAGGAAGGCACUUGUUUUCUACAUGGGAAAGCCUCCAAAUGGUACAAAGACUAACUGGAUUAUGCAUGAAUAUAGGGUCAGUGAUGCCCCUCCAAGAAUCAAAACAAGUGCCGAUGAUAUGAGGUUGGAUAAUGUGGUUUUAUGCAAGAUAUAUAAGAGGGAUGCGAAAGACAAUUUGAGAAGUCGACUUUCAAAUGAGGAACAAUCUGCAGAGUUAGAUGAUCAAACUGCUGAUGUUGUUAGGGAUGUUGACAAAAAUAGCGAUCCUCCAGCCUACACAAACGCCCUUAAUGACAAUAAGCAAAUUGUUUCAAUCCCAAUCCAAGAGAAUCCAAGUGCAUUUUAUGAAGAUCCUCCUUAUGUUCCAAUCAACGAUCAUGAUCAUCACCAAGCAAUGUUAGAAGCUGCCAAUUAUCAACGAGCAAUGUUUGCAGCCGCCAACUAUGGAUCUUAUCGAACUUAUGCUACUGGUAUGACACCACCAAUGCCUGAACCUGUUCAGAUAUAUCCCCCAGAGGACAUCCAGAUACAUCCCACAGAGGACAUCCAGAUACAUCCCACAGAGGACAUCCAGAUACAUCCCACAGAGGACAUCCAGAUACAACCCACAGAGGACAUCGUAUCUAAAUAUCUGAAUGAGAAUUCUUGUGAGUUCGAGCUAUCACUAUCACCGGAUGAUUGGGAUAUUAUUUCCAAUUGUCUACUAUAGUUAGUAAUUAGUUAUAUACAGUGAUUGACCAUCAUCUGAUUUGAAAUUAUUUAGUCAUUUGGUGAUCAACUUAUGUAUAGGAUGAUGAUAACUGGUUAGUUAGCAGGGAACAUCCAGUUUUGUAAAUUGAAUUUGCUAG